CAGUAACCACUGUUGAAAAGUAAAAGACUACCCAGUACCACCCACCCCAUAACCUACCCCACCCCACCCCACUCUCACCCCACCCCCACCACCAACCCCAAGCUCCAAGCUCCCUAAGAGGGUCUUCUUCAUACCCGAAGGGCUACGUAAGAUUGCUGCAGUUUCAUUCUGCAAUUCACGGUGCCGGUAAAUAUUUUCCUAAUUCUUGAACUUGGUGAGCUGUGUACUAGAAUUCUCACUUGGCAACAUGUUUAUAGAAGUGGAACACAGAAGAAACUGGCUGAAUAAUCAAAUGUUAUCUUUCCUCUAUUUUCUGCUCGGAAAAGGAAAGAUCUAGGGAAGUUAGAUGCAUCUCUAUUCUUCUACUCGGAAAAUGAAAGUUUUAGGGAAGUUAAAUGCAUACAAAUUGUAUCAGGACUAGCAGACGUGCAGCGAAGAGUUCCAUUGGUGUAUUUUCAGCUCUUUCAUGGAGGACAUGUGUUGGAUUUACUGCAACCGCAAAAGUUGAUUCUGACUUAUUCUUUAAGCAAAUUUGCGUUCGCUGCUAUUCAUCCAAAAAGUCUAGAGGGGAGAGUUCUAGCUCACAGAAGUCUGAUCUUACUCCACAAAUGAAGGAAGAUAGAGAUGGUUUCUUUGUUGUUAGGAAAGGAAAUCUGGUUGGAGUCUACAAAAACUUGAGUGAUUGUCAAACUCAAGUCGGAUCCUCGAUAUGUGACCCCCCUGUAAGUGUGUAUAAAGGCUAUGCUAUGCCUAAGGACACAGAGGACUACCUUCUCUCUUGUGGGCUUAAAAAUGCUCUUUACUCUAUCAGGGCUGCUGAUCUUACUGAAGAUCUCUUUGGGACCCUAGUACCAUGCCCUUUUCAGCAACCUUCUUCUUCAAAAGGUGGAAUGCCUGAACAUAUGACAAAGAAGAGGUCACAGGAUGUAAUGUGGUCAGAAUAUGCGGAUGUAGCUGUUAUUUCAAAUGAUGAUUCCCUAACAAAGCAUGUCAAGUUAGAUGAUCAUAAGGGUGUCCAAGCUCCGCUAUCUGGUCAGUCUUGUACUCUUGAAUUUGAUGGUGCUUCAAAAGGAAAUCCUGGACUAGCUGGUGCAGGAGCUAUCCUGCGGGCUGACGAUGGCAGUUUUAUCUGUAGGCUACGUGAAGGUUUAGGAGUAGCAACAAACAAUGCUGCCGAAUAUCGAGCCAUUAUUUUGGGGUUGAACUAUGCACUUAGCAAAGGGUUUACAAGUAUUCGGGUUCAGGGGGACUCCAAACUUGUUUGUAUGCAGAUCCAGGGCCUAUGGAAGGUUAAAAAUCAAAACAUCUCCUCAUUGUAUGAGCAGGCAAAACAACUGAAAGACAGAUUUCUUUCUUUCCGGAUCAUUCAUGUCCUUCGGGAGUCAAACUCUGAUGCAGAUGCUCAGGCGAACAUUGCUGUUGAACUUGCUGAUGGUCAAAUCCAGGAGGAGAUAGAGAAAUGACAAAAGGGCACUUGAAAACGACUCCAUGGCUGAAAAAUGUAGCAAUGGUACAGACGAACGUGCCAGCCUCUAAGAUUGGUAUUUUCUCAGGGUGAAGUUUUUCUAUUUUUUGCCAAUGCCAACAACCUUAAAGGAUUAUGCCUAUGAAGACGGUGCAUUGCGCCUAUUAUACUAAUAUUGUUUAAUGGAUUAAUGUUAUUGGAAUUGACAACUUUUAAAAAUUUAAUUAGGGGUGGGAUUAAUCGUUGGCUUUGAAAUCUUAGUGAUGAGAGGGUUCUUUUUCACAUUUCA